GGGCGGAUCGCGGAGAUGUUGUGGGCGUGGUCUGGCGCGGGGGCAGGUCCUGAGGCCGUCCCCACACGCCCCCCAGCGGAGGCCCGGAAGGGACCAUUCGCGCUUCCGUCUCCGCCGGGGCCGCACAGAGGGCGGAGUUGCGGCCCGAGGACGCAACGCGAGCCCAGUUCCGGCGAGGAGGCCGCGCCAGUGACAGCGAUGGCGGCGGAGUCGGCGCUCCAAGUUGUGGAGAAGCUGCAGGCGCGCCUGGCCGCGAACCUAUUGAAAUAUUUGAAGAAACUUUCCAUCUUGCCUAUCACAGUAGACAUUCUUGUGGAGACUGGGGUAGGGAAAACAGUAAACAGCUUUCGAAAACAUGAGCAAGUGGGGAACUUUGCCAGAGACCUGGUGGCCCAGUGGAAGAAGCUGGUUCCUGUAGAGCGAAACAAUGAGGCUGAGGAUCAGGAUUUUGAGAAGAACAGUUCCGGAAAGCGCCCUCGAGAUGCUCUUCAGAGGGCAGAGGAGAUGGAGGGGGAAUACCAGGGAAGCUGGAAAGCCUCUGGCAGCCGGUCCUACAGCCCUGAGCACAAACAGAAAAAACACAAAAAACUCUCUGAGCCUGAAAGGCCUCACAAAGUGGCUCACAGUCACGAGAGGAGGGACGAAAGGAAGAGGUGUCACAGAGUGUCACCACCAUAUUCCUCAGACCCUGAGUCUUCUGAUUAUGGCCAUGUUCAAUCCCCCCGACCUUCCAGUCCACAUCAAAUGUACACAGACCACUACAGGUCACCAGAGGAGGACCGUGAGCCCAUUAUCUCACACCAGAAGCCGGGGAAAGUCCACAGUAAUACCUUUCAGGACAGACUGGGGGUUACUCAAGAACGACGCCUGGGUGAGCACCAGGGGAAGGGGGCUGUGAGCCAAAACAAGGAGCACAAAUCUUCCCAUAAGGAGAAACGUCCUGUGGAUGCCAGGGGUGAUGAGAAGGUCUCUGCCCUGGGUAAAGAGAAAUCACACAAGGCCUCUUCCAAAGAGGAAAACCGAAGGCCACUCUCAGGGGACAGUGCCAAGGAGAAGCCACCCUCUAGUGUUAAGAAAGAGAAGGACAGAGAGGGCAACAGUCUCAAGAAAAAGUUUCCGCCUGCCUUAGAGGCUGCUUCAGACAACCACUUUAGGAAGCCCAAACACAAGGACUCUGAGAAGAGCAAGGCAGACAAGGACAAGUCAAGUGCAGACGGCCUAGACUCAGGGCGGGGGCCUGGAGACCUGCUGCCCAAAGCAAAAGAGAAAGUUCCCAACAACCUGAAGGCUCAGGAAGGGAAAGGAAGAACUAACUUGGACAGAAAGUCACCAGCCUCGCUCCCUAAAGUAGAGGAGCCGGACAUGGAGGACGAGUUUGAGCAGCCCACCAUGUCCUUUGAGUCAUACCUCAGCUAUGACCAGCCUCGGAAGAAAAAGAAGAAGGUUGUGAAAACUUCAACCACAGCACUUGGAGAAAAAGGACUUAAAAAAAAGGACUCUAAAAGCACUAGUAAAAACUUGAACUCAGUUCAGAAAUUACCCAAGGUGAAUGAAAACAAGUCAGAGAAGUUGCAGCCAGCGGGAGCUGAAGCUAUCAGGCCUCGAAAGGUCCCUACCGAUGUGUUGCCAGCGUUGCCAGACAUCCCCUUACCCGCCAUACAGUCCAACUACCGUCCCCUUCCUUCCCUUGAGUUGAUUUCUUCCUUCCAGCCAAAGCGAAAAGCAUUCUCUUCACCCCAGGAAGAAGAAGAAGCUGGAUUCACAGGACGCAGGAUGAAUUCUAAGAUGCAGGUGUAUUCAGGUUCCAAGUGUGCCUAUCUCCCCAAAAUGAUGACCUUGCACCAGCAGUGUAUCCGGGUGCUUAAAAACAAUAUUGACUCUAUCUUUGAAGUGGGAGGAGUCCCCUAUUCAGUUCUUGAGCCUGUCUUGGAGAGGUGUACACCUGAUCAGCUCUAUCGAAUAGAGGAGUGCAAUCACGUAUUAAUUGAGGAAACAGAUCAGUUAUGGAAAGUUCACUGUCACCGAGACUUUAAGGAGGAAAGACCAGAAGAGUAUGAAUCCUGGCGGGAGAUGUAUCUGCGGCUUCAGGAUGCCCGAGAGCAGCGGCUGCGCCUGCUAACAAACAACAUCCGGUCUGCACAUGCCAAUAAGCCGAAAGGACGACAAGCAAAGAUGGCAUUUGUCAACUCUGUGGCCAAACCACCUCGAGAUGUCCGACGAAGGCAAGAGAAGUUUGGAACCGGAGGAGCAGCUGUCCCUGAGAAAGUCAGGAUUAAGCCAGCACCAUAUACAACAGGAAGCAGCCAUGCUCCUACCAGCAACAGCAGCAGCAGCUUCCACUCCAGCCCUGAGGAACUGGCCUAUGAUGGGCCCAGUACCAGCAGUGCCCACUUAGCUCCAGUGACCAGCAGUUCUGUUUCUUAUGAUCCUAGGAAACCGGCUGUGAAAAAAAUUGCCCCGAUGAUGGCCAAGACAAUUAAAGCAUUCAAGAACAGAUUUUCCCGACGAUAAAUGGGACUUGCCUUGGAGGUGGAAUCUGGGAAGCAGGAAUACAGUGACAGUGGGGACAGGCGAAGAGGAUGUCCACAGAAGAGACCCGUGUCUUUUGCUUUGUGGGACUUUUGGCCUCUGACCUGCACAGUUGCAGGUAUCUCCCUAUGCACCAUAACCCUGCACCCUGCCUGGAGCACACUUCAGAUUUCUGAAGUCUUACUGAGGACUUUAAGGUCAAUUAUACUUUUAUUGCUAAUUAGUAUCUUUGUAAACUAUAAAACAUAGUUUUAAUAAAUAUUGCCCCGGAUGUAUUUAUAGUACCCCCAAGGGUUUUUGUUUUUUCUUUUUUCUUUUUCUUUUUUUCUUUUUUUUUUCUUUUGUCCUCUAUUAUAUAUUUAGCUUUUUAGUUUUCAGGUCCUUUAUUAAAGUUAGAUGAGCCUAGCAAAAGCCAGUUUUGUUCUAGGUCAGGUCUUUUGAGUAGACACUGGUCCAAAAGGGCAUCCCCUGAGCUUGUGUGUCACUUCAAUCCCAAAUAUGGAUGGGGCCAGGAAUGAGGAAAUGUCAGACUGCCUGUCCUCCAGGGGAACCUUGACAUAGCAACUGUUCAGAGGGGCCUCACUCUGAGACCAUCAGAGCUCCUGGGCAGAAGCCUUUCUUUCCUGUCCUUUCAUAGUGUUUGUUAAGGAAGACUAUUUGCAAAGUCUAGAUUCUUUCCUUCCUCUUCUGCAAAUCACACUCCUUUUCUCUGUUUUAAGGUUUACUGGAGGACAGAACCUUGGGUUGAUUUGCAUAGGACCUCAGCAGUUUUAUGAUUUCUAGUUUCUGGUUCAGUAUUUUAGCCCCACCCCCUUAUUUUUCCUUUCCCCACACCAUGGGGAAACACAGACAUGGCAGGGCUUUUGUAGCUCCAAAUGUGGUUCUUGGGGUUUUGAAAAGCCAGCACUUUAAUCUCUUGUUCCCUAUGAAUUACUACUAGGAGUGAAUUAUUUAAAACAUUGUAGUGCUCUGUUGGAAAUUGUUUCUGUUUGAAAGGAAAGAUCAUGUCACUGGAAGAGCACAACAGUUUGCUGUGUCUGGCAGAAAGAAAACUUGCUGCUGAAGCCCUCUACCUUCUGAGUGUAGGUCAGAGUUAGGAAGAAAGGGCCUUGGGAAGGGGCCGGACUGAAGACUAGGUGGGGAAAUCUGAUCCCACCUAGCCAGCCAGUUCUGGAGGAAGGCUCUUUCUAAUUGAUAUGGGGGCAAGAUCAGAACUAAGAGGGCAGCACCAGGUCCUUUCUUAUGGUCAGAAACCAUGGAGGUCGUAGGACCUGCUUGGUUAUAAGACAGGUAAAGGAUGCUGUGAACUUGAGGGGACAGACAGUCUGCUAAACUGUGCCAUCACUCCUGUCUACAUUGUUUUUAACCACCCUGGAGACCUCAGGCUAAUGAAGACUCCAAGGCAACACAGGAAACCUGUAUAGCAAAGCUGGGCCCACCUUACCGUGCAUUGCCACACAGGUGGCCUGCUGCCAUGGGACACAAGUAUUGCUAUAUUUUGAAAUUGAGUAAAGCAUUGUUUCUCCUGCUUGUUUCACCUCACCACCUCCCUCUUAGCCUGACCUCCAAAUCUAACAUCAGGCCUCUUACCUGACAUCGAGGGGAUGUUUGCACCAGGUGCCAGGCACCUGGUGUUAGAAUAGCCCCUGUGGGUGUUGACGACCUCAGAUUUGCCUUAGCUGUGUUUCCAGGACUUCCCAUUGCGCCUUUCCUGUUGCAGAGUCAGUUGUGUAUGAUUUAGUUCCCCUUUGGAGUGCUUAGGCCCCGGGGGAAAAUGGACACAGAUUUGUCCAUCUCAGUGUCAGCAUCUGGUUUGGCACAAAGAUUUCUAAUGCAGCCAGUUUUCUUAGAGCCAGAUCUCCCACCCCUUCAGAGUGUCUGUGUCAGGGAUAUGAUUGGUAAGAAUAGUGAGGGGGCCUGGGAAGCCAACCGGCUCUACAACCCCUCACCAACAUACACAAUAGCCACAAAGCAGACACACGGUGAUGUUCAAUUUCUGGUCGCAUUUGUGAAAACUUGUGCAAUGUUUUCUGUGCUACACUACAUACAAAUCACAAAUGUCAGAUUAGCCCUUUGCGGUCCUUGGUGUUACGAGGGGUUCUCAGGGGCUUGCUUUCUCUUUUUUUGGAGGCAGGAGGGGCAGGAGUGAGCAUCAUCCUGCUCUUCAUUUGUAUUUUGGUCCCAAAAUGUAAAUACAAUUUUCUAUGUUACUUUUUUGUGGUAACUACAAGAUGAAUAUUUUAAUUAGAUAAGUUAUACAAAAAGGAAAAACUCACAUCUAAAUAAAAAGCAAAAAAAUUCUG